AUGCUGCCCAAACACAUGGCCAACCAGCUGAAGGAGGGGAAGAGAGUGGAAGCAGGUGAAUGACACAUGGAGAGGAGAUGUGAGGAGAAUAGAAGAGAGGAAAGGUGCGGAGAGGCGAGUUGAGGAGAGAAGAGGAAAGGAGAGGGAAGGAGUGGAGAGAGGAAAGGAGAGAAGAUGAGAGGAAAAAAGAGGAGUGGAAAGGAAAUAAUUGGUGAGAGGAUUGGUGAAGUAUGUGAAAUGCCCUAGUAGUAUACAGUAGCCUAUGCCUCCCUUGCUCUGACACACAACAGACAGUAAAAGAUGUACAGAGUGGAAUUGGGGGGAAUUUUUAAGGAUAUUUCCCUGCCCUGCUGCAGUGUAUUACAUAUUUAAUGGCAUGAGCUCCAGAUUGAGACAGCCCCACAACACAGCCAGCAGCUGGUGGCUCCCAGACACAUCUCUCUUUGAAGCACAGAACACAGAAAGACAGAGAGACACAGACAGACGGACAUGCAUGCACAAGGCACACACACAACUCUCGUGCAUAAACAGCACAUGCACGCGCGUGCACACACAAAAUGAAUUGAGAUGAAUCGACAGGCCAGCUACAUGUGAAUAAGGAUUAAGCAGAAUAACUUGUUUUCACUAUUGUUCUCAACAUUGCAAAAGGACAGUGGUAUAUUUAUGGAAAUGGCCAUAUGGUCGGUGGUGGCUGUGGUUAUGUUUGCUCUAAAGGAGAGUUCAAGGAGUGCACCAUCCUCUUCAGUGACGUGGUCACCUUCACCAACAUCUGCUCGGAGUGUGAGCACAUCCAGAUCGUCAACAUGCUCAACUCCAUGUACCUCAAGUUCAACCGGCUCACCACAGUACACACAGUUUACAAGGUAACACAAUAUUACAUUUGUCAGAUACGCUAAACACAAUGAUUUAUCAUUCAUAAUUUAAACAUCUAAUGAAUGAUUCUACAUAUCCAUCUAUUCAUUCAUCUUGACCAGGCAGCCUGGAAUAGCCAUUUCAGUAUUUAUCUGACCAAUAUCAAUCUGCCUGUGUGCAUCAGAUGGAGACCACAGGCCUACAUGUUGGUAGGUGGCGUGCCCAUCCCAGUGUCCAGCCAUUCUGAGAGGGUGGCCAACUUUGCCCUGGACUUGAUCAUAGGAGCUAGGGAGGUCAUCAACCCCAUCACAGUAGGGCCUAUCAAGGUGAGACCCACAGAUGGCUGGUGUGUUUGAAUGCUGGAUUGAUUCUUCCCUAUAUAUUUCUGUAACAGCAUUGUUCCAUUGAUCCAAAUCCAAAGGGUUGUAUUUCCCUGCCCUUGUCUUUCUUUUUGAGCUGAUCUUUCACAGUUCUCCUGCUAGUUUAUUAUCACAAUACAAUACCUCUCUCUGUGUCUGAGGUUGGUCUAGUGGGUAACACAGCCGCCAGCAGCACAUAAAUGUCACCCCCCAGCGUGGAUACGAAUCCUUCCACUACUCAAUGCUCAUUUCCACCGAUUUCUGUCUCAAUAAAGUAAAAAUAUCCCACAAAAUACAUUUAAAAAACAACCAAUAUCUGUAGAUCUGGGUGGGGGAGAAGAUGCCUCGAUACUGCCUGUUCGGAGACAGUAAACACAGCGUCUCGCAUGGCGAGCCACGGCCUCCCCAACAAGAUCCACCUCAGCUCUAG